AUGUCGUCUCAUUCAUCUCCUUCAACGUUAACGCCAGCUUCAUCUAAUGAACAGCCAUCAGACAUCCUUACUCCGACCCGCAAAGUGCAAGCCUUACUGGCGGCAUUCGACGACUCUGAUUCAGAUGCAGAUACUCCUGCUACCCCAGAGACCAAUGCUUUACUACCUCAAAACCAGCAUAUCCUUACAGGUCCACCUGUUGACGAUAGCUCAGAAGAGGAGGAAGCGUUGCAACCUGCACGUAGGUCUCGAAUCGCGGCUCGAUUGCAGGACACAGGAUCAGCCCAGAAGCAAUUGAGCAGUGAUGAAGGUGAUGGCACAGUCAAGAACCCCCUUUCGACCACGCCAUCAACUCCAGAGACUGAUGACCUACCCACAACCCGUCCCAUGCGUAGGAGGUUGCUCACCAACCGAAAGACCAACACUGAACCCAACCCCAAUCGUUCUGCAAGAUCUGCAUCACCACUGUUCUUCCCUUCGCCAUUAGCCUCACGCCAAGAUGCUGAGAGAGGAAACGACGCGGAUCCAGAUAUUAGGACUUCGGAAUCUGGAAACAGCAAAGGCACCUCGAAAUUUUUAACACUUGUGGAGAAGCAUCGAAAGCGGCGAAUUGAAAAAGCGGCGGAAGAAGCGGCAAAGCGGGCUGUCAAACCUCGACAACAACGAGGUUCAAGCCCUGCUGACGACACAGACGAAGACAGUGAUCUCUCCGGACAUGGAGACGGAAAGAAGCUCUCGACUCAGGCUCGUCCAACCAGGAAAGCGAGCAAGAAAGCAAUCGAAGAGAUGAACCGAGAAACUCAACGUAUGAAUAGAAAUAUGCAACUGGCACAUCAGGCAAGGACAAAGAAGAAAAUCACCAAAGACAGUCUUUUGGCGAGGUUCAAUUUUCCUAUGACCAAUUCGAACAUGAUUUCAAACACUGUCAACCAAUCCAGUAACAGCAGUUCAGUCUCUGGCUCAGAUACGGAGGGGAAAGAAUCCCAUGAAACACCACCUACAAGUCCUGUGCAAGUAGGAAGCCCGGAGAAAUCCGGCAAAGCUCCAUCGGUAGGAGUGCCUCUACAUUUGGGUUUGCAAGCAGAGGUAUAUGUGGACAACGUUGAAAACGUGAACAAGGGCAAGGGCCGAGCUAUCUCUGAGGAUCCAUUUCAGCAGUCAAUUCCCACCUUUGUGUCAAGCACGCUGAAUGAGCCAACUGGUCAAUCAAUCGUACCAAAGGCUACAAUCAAGCCAGCCUUGAAGGACCGUCUUUCCAUUCGCAAGACGCUUGAGACCGAGGAAUCUGACUCUGAUCUCGAGAUCGUUACAGCAAGGGGCGACAAGCGAAAGUAUGCCGCAUUUGAGCAACUACCUAAGCGCAAGGCGAAGGAAUACCCUUCUCAUAUUGCCCUCCGAUCUCUUGCACAUCUAAUGGGUGAUCGAAGACAAUCAAUGAAUACUGCAGAAAUGGAAGACUUGCUUCGCCAAGCGGCUCGCGAUCAGGCACGUCAAGAACGUCAGGAGAAGAUUGCGGAGCUCAAAGCAAAAGGAGUGAUGAUUCAAACAAGUGAAGAGCGUGAGCGUCAGCAGCAAGAAGUGGAAGAUAUCCUUGAGAGAGCUCGACAAGAAGCCGCAGAGAUCCAGAAACGCGAAAUUGCACAAGCAAAGAAAGAUGGAAAUUACAGUGCAGACAAGCUGGACGACGACGAUGAGGACGAUGACUAUGAAGGUAGUCAAAGUGAAGAAGAGCUUGAUGAGGCGUUCGAAGCUUCGGGAGAAUCUGAGGAAGAUCAGGUUGACGAGGAGGAGAACGGUGAAGAUGAAGACAACGAUGAGAACAGAGCCCAAGGAGGUCUCGAAAGUCUUGUGGAAGCGGAAGCAUCUGAACACGAUUCAGAGGACUCGUCUGAGGAUGCACAUGAACAGGAUACUCACAUGGAUGCAAAUACGAUAAGUUCUGUGGCGACUGCUCUGCCAAUAGCAAGAAAAAGCAGAAUGAGUCGUGUCGUGAGCGACGAUGAGGAAGUCGAGGGACUGGAAAAUGUCCUAAGAUCUCCACAACUCCCGGCCCCUACAAAGACACCACAGUCUAUCCUUCGCUCUGGGCGAAAACAUAUACCUGGUCUGCAGAUGUCGGAUGAUCUUCCAAUUGGUCUCACUCAAGCGUUUGCCGCAACCAUGGCCGAUUCCCAGAGCCAAGAUAUGGAUGAAUCCCCACAUCAGGAUAGCCUUGCAAUGACAAUGGAUCUGCCCUCGCCGAAUAUCACGAUGGCUCCGCAAUUUCAGCGACUGGAUUCUAUCGAUUUCAUUACUGACAGUCAACCUGCGUCUCAGACACAGCCUCUGAAUGUUGAUCUAUCCUUCUCACAGUCACAGCGUGUUCCUCCUUCCCCAGCAAUGGUAUUUGGGCUCGCCGCGACGCAAUACACUCCAUCUCAGCCACAAUUUGAACCGACACAGGAUGAAGGCUAUAUUCUGAGUCCAUUCGCCGGCAAUCGGUUUGCUUCAGAAACACCGCAACAUCAAGCCCCUCACUCCACCUUGGACACAUUGGUUCUUCCAGCAGAUGUUGAGAACAGCCCUCUUGUACAACGAAAGUCCAGACUCCAGAGAGGUCGCAUUGACUUCAGUGAUUCCGAUGUUGAGGAUGAGCAGCUAGACAAGUCAGCAUUUGAUGUGAUGCGUCGAGCUGCCAAGAGAAAAACCUUCGAAUCCUUUGACAAAUCAAAGUCACAUGCCAAAAAUAUCGUCGAUGAAGCCGCUGAGGAAUCUGAAGAUGAAUAUGCAGGGUUGGGUGGUGCCAGUGAUGAAGAUGUGAAUGAAGAGGAAAAUGAUCAUGAUCGAGAGAUGAUCGAUGAAGAUACUCAGGUUGGAGUUGGUGAUGAAUCAAAGUUUGCGAGACUCUUUGCAGAUCGUGAACGACAACAAGAUGAAGCAGCAGUGUCUAAAUUAAUGAAAGACAUCACUACCGGAGGACUCCGACGCAAGCGAGGCAAUGAUCUCGACCUUUCAGACGAAGAAGAUGCAUCAGUCAGGAGGAGGGAAGCCAAGAGACGCGAGUUUGCCAAAAUGCGACGAGAACUUUUAAAAGACGAAGCCGUUGGCAAAAUUGCGGAAGACAAGAAGAAAGAAGCAUUCCUACGAAGUAUAGAGGAUCGAGACCUCAGUGAUGACGAUGGUGGUGAUUUGAAUCAGUCAGAAGUAUCUCCGGGAGAAGAAUCUCAAGAAAAAGAGAGCCAGAUACGAGCGGAAUAUGAGCCAGGUGUGCCGGAAGGCGAGGCCGACGAGUUCGAGAAGACACGUCUGGUGGAUUCUUCGGGACCUCUGACGGUUGCGGCACCAACUAAGCUCAACCAAGUGAAGCGUACUCUGGUUCGAAUCGUUAAGCCAUCAAGCCAGCGGCCUGCAACCUUGGCCGAGAUCCGAGAGUCUGUUUCAAUUCUCAUCGAUGACCCAGAGUCACAAUCUGGGACAAUCGAUCUGGGGUUGUCCGAUUCUGAUGAAGAGCCAGAGGUAUACGUCAAUCUUGAUCGUCACCUAGAUACUGCAGAAGCAGACGAAAAUGCUCUUGAUGGUGAAGAUCUCGGUGACUUCAUUGUGGACGAUGAUGAACAGGCCCCGGAGGAUGCGGCUUUCAAGAAACCAGCAAUACCUUCCACUGAGAACCGUGCUCCUUUUUCAGAACGACGAACCAAGGAACGAGCAAAUGUGGUCGAUCGUCGGAGCUUGAUUCGGCAGUCUUCAUCUUCAUCUAGCUCUUCGGCGAGUACCAAGAUGGCAUUCUACGGCUCAAACUCAUCAGCAGGCACGUCUUUCGGCAAAGUGCCCAGCCUUCUUCGGAGAGCCACGACCAACUCGAGCCUGGGCAGCCUUUCCGGCAAGAAUGAGAACGUGUCUGCCACCGGUGUCGUGACCAAUAAGACAGAGCGAGGAAGUGCCAACGAGGACAAGGAGUUCGUUCGCAAAGGAAACGGUGGAAGAAGAAAUGCAGUCAACUAUCGACCAACCAUGAGGGAGGAAAAGAUGAGCGAACGUUCAGGUAUUGCUAAGGCUAAGAAGGCGGCUAAAAAGAGCAAGAAGGCGUCUGGGUUCUUGGGUGGGCUGUUUAAGGAAGAUAGCUGGGCGUGA